AAGCACCUACUCGCGAACGGUCACACGUAUUUUCAGUUUUUGAGAACACAGUUUGAUGAACUUUAUCCGAAAUUUGAGAAAUUUCAAAAUUUCAACGAGUCCAGGCAGGGGUUGCUAAAGUUUCGCCUCGCUCAGCGUGCGCCAUUGACUUUGGCGUGGAAAUCAAAGUGAAACCGCCUACUCCGUUGCCCAAGAAACCCAUACACACACACACACAGCCACACACCCACAAAACGGCAGACAGGAGGAUUUUCCGCUUGCAAUUAUUUCGUUGAGGGUUUCCUUGAAGUUUCCGGCAAUUUCCAUGACGGACCGCGAGCGUAGCAUUCACGAGAUGCUGAAGGAUGCGCCCUCGCUGAACGACAGCUGUGGAGCGGUGCACACGGGCACAGAAGGAGGCAGCCUGGUCCUUGGCAGCGCCAGCAGCCACAGCAUCGCCGGAGGAGGAGGUGGCGGAGGCGGUGGAUGUGGAGUUGGCGGCCCUUUUGGUGCUCCCAACAGUCUGCCACUAAGGAACCAUUCAGCACCCACCACACCCAUGUCGCCCAGUAGUCCACCAUCCGGAAACGGCAUCCUAAGUCCCACGGAAAGCGGGAGCAGCAGCAUUAUCCGCACUAGCGCCUCCAAGAUCGACAGUCUCAAAAACUGGAGUAUAUCGACGUACAAGUGCACUCGACAGAUUAUGCUGGAGAAGUUGGGCAAGUCGCAGCGCACCGUCGACUCGGAACUGGAAGCGCAGAUUGAGCAGUUGCGCGAAACGCAGCGCAAGUAUCUGUCCAUCUUAAGGUUAACGCGGGCCUUCAGCUCGCACUUCCAGCACGUGGUCGUCACACAGCACGCCCUGGCCGACUCCUUCGCCGAUCUGGCCCAAAAGAAUCCCGAGCUGCAGAAGGAGUUCACGUGCAAUUCGGAGACGCAGCGCAACCUCACCAAGAACGGUGAACUGCUGCUCAAUGCGCUCAACUUCUUCAUUUCGUCGGUAAACACGCUGUGCAACAAGACGAUCGACGACACACUACUGACGAUACGACAGUACGAAACGGCCAGAAUCGAGUUCGAUGCCUACCGCAUGGACUUGGAGAACACCAAGCCGGAGCUGACACCCUCGGCUGCCGCACUGGAGGAGACCCAGCGGAGCUAUGCGCAGCACAAGGAGCAGUACGAGAAGCUGCGCUCUGACGUGGCGGUCAAAAUGCAGUUCCUCGACGAGAAUCGCAUUAAAGUGAUGCACAAGCAACUGAUUCUGCUGCACAAUGCCAUCGCUGCCUACUUCUCGGGCAAUGCCAUGGCACUGGAGAGCACUCUAAAGCAGUUCAACAUAAAGCUAAAGUCACCCAAUGCCGUCACUGGUUCCUGGCUGGAGCAGUAGAGUCAGUAGAAUCACGAGCACGUUGCGGACGGCGCUAAGGCGCCUAUAUUGGAGGAGACCAGAUCCGGCGUCCACAUCCACUCACUUGCUGAACGAGCACGCUCUCUAAAAAAAAGAAAUCGGAUGCAGAAAAAAUUCAAUAUGCAAUGCAGUGCAUUGACACUGCACGACGAACCAUAACAAUAUUUUCGUGCUAAGUUUAAGUCGAAUUCCUAAGAAGUAAGCAGAAAGUGGUAACUGUAUGUUAUUUAUAUAUUUUUCCAACCGCUUUCCACUGUAUGUAACUCUCUGUACUACUCACAUUUCCACAGCUGCUACGCUGAAGUUCCUUUAGUUUGUGUUUCCAAAUUGUAAUUUUUCGUUCGAAUAUCAUAUUGCACUCUGCUUGUAAAACAUUAAGAACACAAAAAGUCCUCUGUGCAAUAUGAGUGUUUUGACCCUGUGUUUUAGUUAUAGUUUUAGAUAUGCUAAAAUGUGUGUAUAAAUCAUUUGUAAUUCACCCAAACGAAUAGUCCAUAACAAAUCGAAGCAGAUUUUGCGAGCUUGCAUAAUUUGAAA